CCCCUUCUUCUUCUUCUUCUUCUUCUUCUUCCUUCUUUCAACGGCAAGAUCGCUGGAAGAACGACGCGACAGGCGAUCCGGACAGCCAGCGCGAUUCGCCACUUAAAAAACGUGCGUUUCAGAUCGCAAACCUCGGGCUGACGAGCGAUUUUGGCGGGCCCCGGUCAUUUCGUAGAUAUCUCGAGAUGUCAUCAAGAGGAAAGACAAAUAAUGGAACCGAGCAGCACAUAAACCCGCAGCUGCCAAUCCUCGAUGUUGCACCUCUCAAUAGCGUGCCAUAUUUUGGUCCACCUAUAUCACAAAGCAAUGUUGUUCCCUCACAGCCGGAGAUGGAGGCAGAAGCUGUGGAAAAUGUUGGGCCCUCCCUCAUGUAUUUCCCCUCUCAUUCUACAGAAGAGUGGGACAAACUGCUUGCCGCCACUAAAUCUGGGGUUGGACUGGUUGGCAGUGCAGCUAUGGGAAAGAUGGGACCAGUGGUUGGAGCAGUAGACAUUGGAGAAUGCGAGGACUCUUACCUGUUUAGGGUCUCCCUUCCUGGAGUCUCAAGGGAUGAAAAGGAUUUCAGAUGUGAUGUGGAGCCUGAUGGAAAAAUAUUCAUAAAAGGAGUAACAACUACUGGUGAGAAGACAAUUGUGAAGAAUUCCCAAAUUUUCAAGAUGACGCAAAACUUAUGCCCACCUGGACACUUCUCGAUCUCGUUUCAGCUACCAGGUCCUGUUAAUCAUCAACAGCUAACUGGUUUUUUUGGUACUAAUGGGAUUUUAGAAGGUAUUGUAAAGAAGAGGCACUACUAGAGCUCUCUGUAAGAGCACAGGCAAGAGCAUCACACUGUUUUAGCUGUCAAUCAUGAUGCAGAUGUAGGUUUCAUUGAUUUAGAAAGAAGGAUAGAAAAGAGUGCUUCGACUUUUAGAGUCUCCUCGAGGGCAUGAGGACUGGCCCUCGAGUGC